CCAUCGUACUUCAAUGCAUGCAUUAAAUGAACACAAAACAGUCAUAUAAAAGAUUUAGACGUCCAGGGACGUGCAGAAAAGACGGGACGUCUUCUCAACGUCACUACACGUCUGAACGUUUCCUCGCGUGAGCGCGCACGCGCAGAUCAAAGAGAAAGUCAUCCAUUGAUCGUGUUACAGAACGCGGUUCUUUAUAACCACUUUCUUUUUGUUUGGAGCGUUUGUCACAGAGUUUCUUUUUCCGUUUCCCGUCCUCCUUGACAUGUCCGUGGAGAGUUGUGUCAACUAUCCAGAAGGAACACCAGUCCGGUGCCGCCUCCGUCCUUCACCUCACCUGGGCGGACUACAACCCUUCCGUAACGAAUAAUUCACGAGUCAGAUAACAGGAGCUCGUGCUCCUCAAAACCACGUAAGGAGAGGGGAAAAUGUGAAACUGCACGAACCCUCAGGUUGAAGUAUAACUUUGGAGCCAGGCUCGAUUGUUGAUGAUGAUCCUGCUAUGCUGAAUUUGCAGCGUGGUCCUUGCUGGUCCUGACAUGACACACGAUAAAUAACUCUUGCGUUGUUUAAUCUCAUCAACGAUGGCUUCCCCGAGAGGCCACCAUCGGCGCAGAAGCAUGGAGGAACCAGUAAACAUGUCAUCUGAUGUUAUUAAUCUCAAAGAAGAAUUGAACAGACUUCAUAAGGACGUUUUUCCAGAAUGCAACAAACAUAUGGAGAAAAUGAGUGAUCUUCUCAAUGAGCUUGAUAAUGGUUUCAAACCUGCUAUUUUUGCCCUCAGAGGAGCUGUAAUAACUGGAGGAAUCGCAGUGGUGUUUGCUGUAUUAUCUUUCUUUGUAUACGACGACGACGUUUCAUUGAUUUUGGCUUCAGCGGGUGCAGCUAUGGCUGUAUUUGCUGUAUUAUGUCUCGCUGUCGGGCGAUCGAGGACAACACAGCAGGAGAAGAACAUAAAACAAAUGAUUGAAGUGGAACUUAAGGCGUUUCUGGAUAAAAUGAACCGUUUUAUUGACGUAAUGGAAAGAAUCUGUCGACGCACUGAAGAAAUACUGAGAGACCCUUCUCUGUCAGGUCACAAAACCCAGGCCUUAAGCGAACAUUUUGCCUACAGCUUUGAAAAAAGGCUCUUCCAGGAACAUGAGAGUAAAGUAGAUGACCGGAUGACUAAAAUCGCGCUGUUGUCCGGAAAGCUUUCAGAAAUGAUCGCCAAGGUCAGUUCCGUGCCUGACCUCCUCAAAGAGAUCAUCGAAGACCGCAAGAGGCAGCGUGACCAACCUGCAAAGCCCACUCGUGAGUUUAAGGAGAAAGCAGAAAAAAUCAUUGAUGAUAUGAGGAAAGGAAUCCGCGAUUUAAAAAAACAGAGUAAAAGAAGUCAACCAAACAGCGGAGAGAAUGUUCAAUCGUUUGAGUUCUGAGACCCGGCUGAUGGAGGACGACCCAACCAGUAACCAAUAAUCACAGCACGGUAUUGAAUCAUUUCCUAACAAUUAAUGUGAACACAUUUUGAUCAAAAGUAGUAGAAGUUAUGUCAGGUUUAUACAAAAGCUUACAUUAAGCAAAUUCUUGUCUUUAGCAUACAAAACUAAAAAUAAUAUUUUUAUAACAUAAGGAAAAAUCUGUAAAAAAAAAAAAAAAUGUAUAUUAUGGACAUUUAGGGCAUUAACCUUAUUCUAGAAAGACAUUCCCUAAAGAAAUGAGCCACAGUUCACAGAAAGAACAAGAUGCAUGUCACUCUUAAAUUUCUGCAAAAACAUCUUGACAGGAUGAGACGCGUCUCACCGAAUUUACUUCUUCUUGCUCAAAUACAUACAGAAUCAUGUCAACAUACUUGUAUUGGAGAGCAUGUCUUAAGUGAGAGUAAUCUGUGGAGAAAGAAUUGUCUCUUAAAGUGACCGUGCUGCUUAAUGUUAAUCCAAGAAAAUCCCUCGCUGCUCUUGACUGAAUUACUCUGUAGUUUUGACCAGAAUUACUCCUACAGACUGAACAAAAGGAAGCAUUUCUUGCUAACUGUCCAACAAAGUAUUAAUAGUUGUCUAUAUUGUGGGUCUACACUUUCGGUUGAUUGUAGUCCAUUACAUACAUGAAUUUGUUCUUGUUCUUGUCAUAUUUCAUGACCAUUUUCUGAACUAUAUAUAGCAAAUAAAUGGUGAUAUUGUGAGGAACGUUGAAGGUGUCUGAAUAAAUAGUGGCCUGACUGUGUAUUUCAUUGUCCCAGUGAAGACCACGCAGUGCUAUUUUAGAUUUGAUUAUUUAUUUUCCCGGUCACCUAGAAACAUGAAAUACAUAUUAAACUAUUUCAAACAGGGCCCACAAGCCACGGCCCUGAGGGUCCGUCACUUGAUUCAGUUCCACUUUGGGGUUAAGAGGUGUUUAUUUAUUGAUUGUUUGGCGCCCGGAUAACGCAUUGAUCUUAAGUACUAUACAUUCUGUUAUCUCCAUUCUGUAUGGAUGGGGUGAUUGAUUUGUUGGGGACACUUAACUUAGAUAAUCUCUGCAUUUAAUAACAAAUUGUUCA